AUGGCGACAAGGCUGAAAAGGGUGCUGGGGAAGGUGCUGUCGAAGGAGCAACACGGUUUCUUGCCGGGAAAGAGCCUGGCAGACGCGGUGUCGGUGGUUGCAGAUGCAGUGGAGGCGCCCAACGGUGUGGGAGAAGAUCAGGAAGCUCUGCCACGCUUUUGUCUCGGCGGAGAAGUUGCGGAGGAAAAAAUCUUCAUCCUCUGGAGCGCCUACCUUGCGUGUCUCCCGCGGAAGGAUGGGGGUUUGGGCCAGCUCAACCCGAAACUCUGCCUGGACGGGCUGGCUGUCCGCAGGGUGGGAAAGCUCCUGCGCGAGCCGGACGGCACACGGCGGUGGUUGGCGGAGGAAGCGGCUGGUUUCCCGCAAGGGUGGGCCACGCUGUACGCACAUCCGUCAGCAAUCAAGCACUGGCAGCAAGGGAGUGAAAGGUGGAAGGCAGCAGUGAAAGUCUUCUGGAAGUCGCCUUUCGCGUCGCUGCCGUCGCCUGCGAGCAGAUGGGAGGUGGAGGAGGAGUUCAUUUGUUUCAAUAGAAACAUAAUGCAUCGGGGGGCGAGCCCUCUUGAGCAUCAGAAGGGUACGGCGGCUCUCAUCCGAACGAGGAUUCGGGACCUGCUCACAGACGGCCCAGGGGGGAGUAGGGAAGUGAAGGGCGAAGAGGAGCUGGCGGUGGAACAAGGGUGCAAGGAAGCGGCAAUUAUGGCGCGGAAAGCCUACAAGGCAAUCCCGCCGAAAUGGAAAAAGCUGGUUGAAGAGCCAACAACAGCGGCGGCAGUAGUAGUGGCGUCAGGCGUGGCGAGAUACGUCCUCCGAGGCCAGCCUACGGGGCCUCCGUGGGCGAUGAAGGGAAUUGACGGUGCACAGAUUGUCGCAGAGUACAUGGCGACGGACGCGGAAGGGAAGUUGUACGUCCCAGGAGGACGGAGGGAGACAUGUUUUGAGGCUUGUAGCCUACAGCCUCUGGCGGUCCGGGAAGGCAGGGUGCUUGGUACAGUAGGGGACCCGAAGGCAAGGAUACUAGGGAAGCCUGGACUCUUUGAUGGCGGGGAACUAGUGCCGCUGCGCAAGAUACGGGCUAUGCUCUCUAAGUCGACGGGGCGUUCUUGGAGGCAGGCGGAGUGGGAAGAGGAUUGGGGCAAGAAGAUACAUUAG